CCUGCUCCCGACGCCAUGGCGGCGACGACGACUCCUGCCACCGCCGCCGGCGGGGCGCACAGCGUGUUCGUGUACGGGAGCCUGAUGGCGGACGAGGUGGUCAGCGCCAUCCUCCACCGCGUCCCGGCCUCCUCCCCGGCGCUCCUCAACGACUACCACCGGUUUAGCGUCAAGGAUCGUAUUUAUCCAGCAAUCCUACCUGUUGAAAGCAAGAAAGUUGCUGGAAGGGUUAUUACAGGUAUUUCUGAUGCAGAACUCAUUGUCCUAGAUGCAUUUGAAGAUUAUGAGUAUGUAAGGAGAACAGUUCAGAUAUCACUAACUGAUACUUCAGAGACAAUGCUUGCUGACACUUAUGUAUGGAGUGAUGCAAAGGAUCCAGACCUUUAUGGUCAAUGGGAUUUUGAGGAGUGGAAGAAGCUUCACAUCAAGGAUUUCCUCACAAUGACACUUGGAUUUGUGCAAGAACUCGAACAGCCUGAACCGAAGACCCGGGUUGAGACCUACCAGUCAUUCAUGCAUGAGCUGGAACAACCUGAAUCGAGUACCAAGGUUGAGAGUUGAGAUCUACGAUCAUUCUUUAUGAAGAACUGAUUUGCCGUCGUGUUGUAUUAUAUGUUCUCGGAAACAACUCAUCUCCUUGAUUUGUGAAUAAGAUCUUUAUAGGUCACCCAUCAGUAAAACAAAUUAGAAAAUAUGUCCUGUCAAACCACUCAUUAUCAAGUAGUAAUGCAUAAUUAUGUAAAAUAUUUUAUUAGAGUCUUGUGAUGAAAUAUAUGCUGUCAGCACAUCAAGUUUUAGCCUAA